CUCGCCUUGGGGCGCGAGGUGUGGAGGCGGCGCCCGCUCUGCGGCACUCCCUUCGACCACACCUCAACGACCCGCAAGUCAAGCAGGAGAAAGAUGGAGGAUGGCACUAAGCAGCGAAGGCCCAGAUGGGCUGCAGGAUUGGCGUCGGGCCUCGGUUGUGCCGGGCGGUAACAGAUUGCCAACUCGAGACACGGCUGCACUGAGGGAUCCUCGCGCUGCUGAAGAGCAGACUGCUCUGCCUCCUGAUCUGCCGCUCGAGGCACCGCCUGGCCGCAUCAUCAUCCACCUGGACCUGGACGCGUUCUACGUCGGCGCCUCUCGACUGCGCGACGCAGACCUGAUCGGCAAGCCUGUCGGGAUCAAGCAGAAGGGUCUGCUGGCGACUGUCUCCUACGAGGCACGGGCGCUCGGCUGUGCAAAGCUCGGACGAGUGACAGAGUCGAUCGAGAGGUGUCCAGCGCUGAUUCUCGUCGACGGCGAAGAUCUGAGCUUUUUCCGAGCGACCAGUCGCAAGGUCUUCAGCCUCGUCUCGACUUCACUCGGCCCUGCCACGCCGGUAGAGAAGCUGGGCAUGGACGAGCUCUGGAUGGACGUGACGGCGCUCAUCGACGGGCACCUCAAUGCGUGGCCUGCCGCUGACGCCGACGGCCAGCGCUGGUUCUCUCUCCCGGGCAAGCAUGCUGCGCUCAAGGGUGACGCAGCGUCGUCGACGGGCUUUCACUAUUCAGCAACAGCAGCUACGGGCCAUGUCGACUCUGCUCUGCCGAGUCUGCGCUUCAUCAUCGCUUCCUAUCUCGCCGCGCACUUGCGAGAGCUGCUCCAGUCCCAGAUGUCGCUCAGCGCCAGCGCCGGCAUCGCGCCGAACAAGGCUCUGGCCAAGCUUGCAGGAGCAGCGCACAAGCCUGCCCAGCAGACUCUCUUCGCGCCCAGCGAUCCGCGCGACUACGCCGCAUACGUGGCCAAACGGCGACUACGCUCGCUCGGCGGCUUCGGCUCGUCGAUCGUCGAGCGCAUCACGGAUGCUCUUGCUGCUUCUCGCGGCAGUGAACCUUCUGCCGAGCAACACCCGGCAGACGCUAGCAGCUUGACGACGGCAGAGGUGCGCAAGCGCAUCGACCGGCAGGCGUUCAUCCACGCCUUCGGCACUGCAGGCCCGCGGCUCUGGGCGGCGCUCUGGGGCCAGGACUCGACGUCCGUCGUGCAUGCUCCCGAGUUCCCUUCGACGAUUUCGAUUGAAGACACCUACGCGCCGACCGGCGCGCCCGCCUCUGCGCUCAGCACCUUGACAGCCGCGCUGAUGCGCCGCCUCGACUUCGAGCUGCGCGGUAAGGAGAGCAAGGCGCCGCGCUUUGUGCGCACCGAUCGGCCGGCCUGGGGCGAAGGCGGCGGCCCGCUCGUGCGGUGCUACGAGCAGAUUGAUGACGGCGAGGUCGGGCCAUGGAUGCGCUGGCCGGCCGGCUUGAGGCUCAGCACCAUGAGCGGCGGCUGGGGCUCGCGCGUCAGCAGGCAGACGGCCAUGCCCGUCGAGCUCUUUGACGAGACUCUGACGCGCGAAGCUCGCCACGCUGCCUUGCUGCGCACCCUCGAAGGCCUGCAGCGCCUCAUGUGCAAGCCUGGCGCUCCGGUGCGUCUGCUCAACAUCGCAGCCUUCGAGCUGCGCACCGUGCCGCCCGAGAGGGCCAUUGGAUCAUGGCUGGCGGCUGCCGAGGCUCGCACCGCCCAGCGCCAGAGCAUCGACAUGGAGUUCCUGCUCUCGCUGCCCGCAGACAUUCGCGCUGAGGUGGCGGCGCAGCACGGCAUCGACCUCGACGACACUCGGCCCACGCAGCAGGUAGCGUGCCUCGUCUGUGGCGCUCUCACGCCGCCGUACCUGCUGCACGACCACGCCAUGUGGCCGGCCACUGGCGCGCCCGAUGCCGAAGCCGAAGAAGCGUCCGACCAUGACGACGCCGAGCAAGACGACUUGGCGCACUGUCCGCUGCCCUCGUGCGGCAUCUCCCUGCCCGCUCGUCUCGUCUACGAGCACAGGCGCUGGCACGAGGCUCGCGGCUCGACAUCACCCUGAGCGUACCUCUAGAGCAAGCUCGCACACCUCAAAUGAUACCCUGAUGCCAAGCUUCCUCCUCGAUACCUCCGGCGCGCUGUCAGCAGC